CAGUCUUAAUAUCAACCUCAAGGAAAGUAUUGCAAGUGAUGCUGGAAGAUAUGACAUUGUUGCUUCAAACACAAGUGGAACGACCAAGAUGUUUGUAAACAUACUGGUUCUGGAUAGACCAGGUCCUCCAGUUGGUCCUGUUGAAGUUGCUGAUGUGAGAGAGACAAGCUUGUGUCUCAAAUGGCUGCCACCUGUGUAUGAAGGUGGCAGUCCUGUUACAAACUAUGUUGUUCUCAAACGUGAAACAAGUACUCCAGCCUGGACAGAAGUGUCUUCCAAUAUUGCACGCAGCACUGUUAAAGUAACCAAACUUACAAAGGGAGAAGAAUACCAGUUCAGGGUUAAAGCUGAGAAUCGCUUUGGCAUCAGUGAUCACAUUGAUUCUCAGUCGGUUACAGUGAAGCUUCCAUACACUAUCCCUGGACCACCAUCAACACCAUGGCUGGGUUAUGUGUCAAGGGAGAGCCUCACUGUUUGCUGGAAUGAGCCAGUAACAGAUGGAGGAAACCCAGUGGUUGGAUAUCAUGUCCAAAUGAAAGAAAGAAGCAGCAUUCUUUGGCAGACAGUGAACAAAACAGCAAUUCCUGCAACUCAAAUUAGAGUGACAAAUAUAUGUCCUGGAAUGAUUUAUGAAUUCAAGGUAGCUGCAGAAAAUGCAGCUGGUAUUGGAAAGUUUAGCAAGACAUCAGAAGAAGUGCUAGCAAUUGAUGCCUGUGAUCCACCGCAAAUGUUAGAAUUUCUGAGGUCACAAAAAAUUCAAUUAGCCUUGUGUGGCAGAAGCCUCCAUUUGAUGGUGGAAGCAAAAUCACUGGCUACAUGGUUGAGCGAAGAGAUGCUCCAAAUGGCAGAUGGACAAAGGCAAACUUUACCAAUGUCAUUGAAACUAACUUCACUGUGUCAGGCUUGACUCAGGACCAGGCAUAUGAAUUCAGGAUUUUUGCCAGGAAUUCAGUUGGCUCGGUCAGCAAUCCAUCUUUAAU